AUGCCCCCACGCAAAAAGUGUCUACCAGAACAACAGCAACAACGCAGAGCCAUAGACCCCCACAAUGUUGUACUCAAACUCCCCAAACGGCCUAAAAUGUCUGGUGACUCCUUGCUGGAGAAUGGCAGGUUCACCAUCCAGUCCCCCCGUGUGAGGCCUGAGACGUUUAAAGUGACUUUGAAAAUGGACUCAAGGAAACUCCGUAACGUGCUGCAGCCAAAACCAGUGCAUGUGGUAGAUCUCGAACAGGAAGAAGCUAUUAUAAGGCAUGAAAAACCGCAAUUCAUGAAUUCGUUUUUUCGCGCUGUUGCCGAGCGUGCAAAACGAGCGGACUCGGGUGAACUGGCGAGAAAAGACAAACCCAAAAGCAUGGACGUUCCCGUCCUCGGAAAACUAGAUUUUAUGAUUUACGACAAAAACGACAUAUUUCAGCAUUCUCCUCUACGACUACAACAUAGAAAAACAGUACAGAACACGGCACAGCAGUUUUUGUUUUCACAAGAAGAGCAUGACCAGUUAAUGAAAUGUUUCAUCAAGAAGGGCCAGCCAAGAAGCCCUCAGUAUACAUAUAGACAUCUUCAGGAGACUAUGGAAGAUGUUGUGCGCCGCAAAUACCAAAAGGUGCAGUGUGCGCCCUUUGACCGACUUUGCAUAGAGCAGUUUUGCGACUCCAGUGCUCAGUGGUGCGAUCUGUUCAGGCCGUCCAACUAUCAGCAUAUUUUGCAACCUCAAACCUUGAAUACAGAUCUCUAUCUGUGGCUGAAAAAUAUGUUUGUAAAGCUACGCAAGGUCGACACAGAAAAAAGAACCAAGCUACUCCGGAAGAGACAAGUACAGGCGGAAAUGGACGAUUUCCUUGUGGACGAAGCAUGCGACUCUGGAAACGAGACUGAGGACGAGGUUUUCGUGCCAUGUCUGAUAAUAGAAGGCCCGACGGGGUCUGGCAAGACGUCUGCGGUUUAUUCCAUCGUGAAAGAACAAUUGCAGGGCCACGUAUUUGAGCUUAACUCCAGUCAGAACAGAGCUCGUAAGAGUAUUAAUUUUCACUUGAGACAGAUCGGCACCACUAAAAAUGUGAACAAUGGCCAGGACUACGGUCUCGUUUUAUUUGACGAUGUCGAUCUGAUCGACGACGAAGACGAUAAGGAUUUCUGGCAGGCAGUGACCGAGCUGUUGACGUACUCGUACAGGCCAGUGGUGCUCACUACGCAAGAGCUGUCGAAAAUUCCGCCAAAUAUCGUGAACCAAAGCACCGUAUACUGUUUUACGCAACCGAAUCAAAGUGUACAUGCGCAGUAUUUGGACUUGAUUGGUCUUCGAAUGGGCAUGAAACUUGACGAUAAUUUAUUACAGCAACUUUGUGGCUAUGACCUGCGCCACUCUCUGAUGCAACUUCAGCUUCUGGGAAGCUGCUGCGACCGUAAGAAAGAUGGUUUGGUGGAGAUCAGGCAAGAAGACAGUCAGGAAGUUGCGCAACUGGCUUCGUUGCAGCAAUUGGAGCACGACCAUGAAAUGAGAUACUGCUACGACUCUUUAAGGCAGGAAGACUCCACAUUCGAUAUAUCUGUUGCUCAUCGACAGACCGUUGAUUUUUACUCAUCCAAAUUGUACCAAACCGGAUCGAGAUCUCGAGCUACGAGAUAUCUGGAUGGAGAAGAGUAUCUGGAGCAGAACCCAGGCUGUGUCUUCAAUCGCGUGAGCAGGAGCGUGUUUUCGACCGACAUCCAGCCGUUCAUCAAGGAAAUGGCGCGUGGAGAGAUGAUGCGAAUCCAGCUCGGGGGUAGGAGACUGUUUGAUCUCGACCCGGUUGACUACUUUGAUAAGCUCUUCUGA